CCUACUCUUCCACACAUUCCCUCCCAACACAAAAUCUCACGCCCCUGCAUUACACCCCCGGCGCACGCAAGACGCCAGCACCGACACGUUCAAGAGGAAAAAGCGAAGGGUUAGCGAGAGAGAGAGAGAGAGUAGGAAUGGCGGCGGCGAGGGUAGAUCUGGACGGGAAGCCGAUAAAGGCGAUGACGAUAUGCAUGAUCGGUGCCGGGGGGUUCAUAGGGUCGCACCUGUGCGAAAAGCUGAUAGCGGAGACGCCGCACAAGGUGCUGGCCUUGGACGUCUACAAUGACAAGAUCAAACACCUCCUGGAACCCGCGGGGUCGCACCCCUGGUCCGAUCGCAUCCAGUUCCACCGCCUCAACAUCAAGCACGAUUCCCGACUCGAAGGACUGAUCAAGAUGGCGGAUCUGACGAUAAAUCUGGCGGCGAUUUGUACUCCGGCGGACUACAACACGCGCCCGCUCGACACUAUUUAUAGCAAUUUCAUCGAUGCGCUCCCCGUGGUUAAGUACUGCUCCGAGAAUAGCAAGCGUCUCAUUCACUUCUCUACUUGCGAGGUGUAUGGGAAAACGAUUGGGAGCUUUCUUCCUAAGGACAGCCCUCUUCGUCAGGAUCCUGAAUAUUAUGUUCUUAAAGAAGAUACCUCCCCAUGCAUUUUUGGUUCUAUUGAGAAACAGAGAUGGUCCUAUGCAUGUGCAAAGCAAUUGAUUGAGAGGCUGAUUUAUGCUGAGGGUGCAGAGAAUGGUCUCGAGUUCACAAUUGUGAGACCCUUUAACUGGAUUGGACCCAGAAUGGAUUUCAUACCCGGCAUUGACGGUCCAUCUGAGGGUGUUCCAAGGGUUCUAGCAUGCUUUAGUAAUAAUCUCCUGCGACGUGAGCCACUCAAGCUUGUGGAUGGGGGUGAAUCCCAGAGAACUUUUGUUUAUAUAAAGGAUGCAAUUGAAGCUGUUUUGUUGAUGAUUGAAAAUCCUGCAAGAGCUAAUGGCCACAUUUUUAAUGUGGGCAACCCUAACAAUGAAGUUACAGUCAGGCAGCUUGGUGAAAUGAUGACUGAGGUUUAUUCGAAGGUAAGUGGGGAACCUCCUCUGGAAGUACCUACUGUUGAUGUGAGCUCCAAAGAAUUUUACGGUGUGGGAUAUGAUGAUAGUGAUAAGAGAAUUCCUGACAUGACCAUAAUCAACAGGCAGCUUGGUUGGGACCCCAAGACUUCGCUUUGGGACUUGCUUGAAUCAACACUGACCUAUCAACAUAGGACAUACGCUGAGGCUGUUAAGCAGGCCAUUGCAAAACCGGCUGCCAACUAAGGCCAAAGGGAAGGGAUUCUUGCUUAGGUUGCUGUUGUUUAGCAAUUCUUUCAUAAUAUAUGUCAAUGGUUGAUUCGCAUAUACGCUCUAUACUUUUUUUUUUUUCUUUCCAGUGUCGGUAGUCAAAUAGCUGAAGUAGCUCAGGAAUGUGUGUCGGAUAUCUCUGGAGAAGGCCUUAGAUUAGGUCACAGAACUCUCUCAUAUUACUGUAAUUUGUCAGUAGAGCUUGGCUACGGCAUAUUGGGGGGGUGGCUAUUAUACAAGGAAAGCUACUUACUGUUUUGCACCUUCUCUAGGGGUAUACUUGUCAUUCCACUAUUUUGUUACCCCCCAGGUGUGUUGUAUUAUUUUUUGUUUGACCCUCUCUGUCCCAUGUUCCUUUAAAUUAUUAUUUUAUUAAUUUCCUGCAAUCGCAUAUUUUAUA